ACUUCGACUAACAACAAAAAGGUUCACUCAUUAAAUAGCCAAAAGGUUAAAAUGGAAGAGGCUUGUCGCAUUUGCACAAGCAACUGCGUCUCUCUAGUGAAUAUCUUUGACCAGCUGGAGCAGGACCCUCCUCUCGCUGACAUGCUUAAAGAGUGCGGCAACUGUAAAAUAAGUCCUAAUGAUCCGUUGCCCCAGAACAUAUGCCUGGCCUGCAUAUUGGAUGCUCAAAAUGCAUUUCAGUUCAAACGCAGGUGCGAGCAGAGCCAGCAGUACUUUUGGCUGUUGUUAGAAACUGAAAACAAGAAGAAUUCGGAAUGGGUAAAAGACGUGCCUCCUUCCCAGUGUUCUCUCGAAAUUAAAACAGAAAAUAUGGAAAAUAUGCCGCAAGAAAACAUUGUCGAUAACGAAAGCUUUGAAUACAAUGGACUAAGUGCUGCUGAUGAGUUUCUAGUCGUUGAACAUCAAGGUUAUUCCGACUGCGAGAAUGUCCCAAUUUCCCAGUGUUUUCGCGACGUUAAAGAAGAUCCAUUAGAAAGUAUCCUGCCAGACCACAGGAGAAUAAGCUCAGAAGCAUCAUUGUGUGACCAACAGGACAACAUAGAUGAUAAACAGAAUUCGUAUUCAUGUCUAAAGUGCGGGAAAGUGUUCAGCAAUAAAAAAGACCUAACAAAACACUCGCGCGUUCAUAUCGGACGUUACAAGUGCACUUACUGCUCGAAGGCCUUCAAUUCAUCAAGUACUUGCAAGUUGCACGUCCGACUCCACACUGGUGAACGUCCAUUCAAAUGUAAAUAUUGUACAGAAGCAUUUUUAAGAAAAGAUGACCUCCAAAGGCACAUUUUCACACACACCGGCGAGCGUCCGUACGAAUGUGAUCAGUGCUUGAAGCGAUUUACCCACCGCAGCAUUCUCAAUAAGCACAUACGAAUACAUACCAAUGAGCGCAAGCACAAGUGUCCACACUGCCAAAAGGCCUUUAGGGAUGGCUACAAUCUCAAGGUGCACAUUCGCAGAUGUACAGGUGAGCGGCCAUUCCAAUGUGCCGAAUGUCCGAAGGCCUUUGCAUUGAAUAAAGAACUACAGCUACACCAAAAGACUCACAUGGACGAUAAGAGUCCAGGUUGCCGGAAACCCGUCAGCACUAAGAGGAAGACGAUUGCCGGAAAAGCACCAAAAAAGAAUUCAACACAUACAAAAUCAAGACUGUCCUUGGACUUGGCUCAAUCGAAUUUAUCAAUUGAGAUGCCAAAAGCAGAUGAUAGUUCUGAAGAAAGAAACUCAAGGAUAUUAUCUAUUGAUGCUCCUGCAUCGGGGAUCUUAUCCAUUGAGCUGUCUGAAGAUGCAACUAAUGAAGAAGGCAUCGAGGGAAGAAUAUCGAAUGGUAUACGCACGUCCAGUCAGAAAAGCUUUCAGUGUACGACUUGCGACAAGAGUUUUGCUACAAGGAGUCGUUUGAACCGACAUUAUAGCGUCCAUACCAGUGAGCGUCCCUUCCAGUGUGAGCUUUGUUUGAAAUCGUUUAAACAAAAUGUAAGCCUUAUUCGCCACAGUGUUAUACACACAAGAAAACAUCGUAGCACCUAGUAAGGCUGAAGUACCCAUUGUAGAAAAUAAAAUCUAAUAUAAAUAAAAUCGUUUUAAGUUAGAGAAUAGAACAACAAAUUAAAUGCCAAUCAAGAGGAUAUU